AUGUUCUUGAAACGAGUGUUGGCUCAUGCCACUUCAGUUGCUGUUGGUGUUUGGAUUGGCUCGCAAUACAUACGAGGUACCACACAUGAUCCAUCAAGAAUGAAGCAUUUACUACAAGAUAAUUCUCGUCCUUCACAUAUUCUGAUCGGACCUGUCAAUACUCAACCAGAAAUUAAUUCACACGUUCAACAACAACCAUCAUCACCACAACAGAAUGAAUCCUCCAAACGAGAAGUGUCAUUGACUGAAAAAAUUUAUCAUUAUUUAGAGGAACAAAGAGAUGAUCAUCGUUGGCCAAAAUUUAAUAUUCAUGUUGAAGAGCCUACCAAGGAACAAGAUCAAACCUUUGAACUCUUUAAAACAUUUAAUGAGUUCGGCUUACCAACACAUGUAGGUCGACUUAACGUAUUUUCCCGUUUUUUAUCUGUGACAGAUAGCAACUUAAAAAUUCCACUGUAUGUGUGCUGGUCGAUACCAAGAUUCGAAGAGAAUUAUGUUGAGAAAUCAGAUAGAAAAUUCUCCAAGUUUAUGAAAAGCCCAAUUUUUGAACAAUUAUCAAGCUUUAAUCCUGAUAAUACUGAUUACUUUGGAAGUAACUAUUCUAGAGGUCAUUUAGUGAACUGUGGUGAUUUAACAAGAUUUGAUCAAGUGGCAAUGAAUGAAACACAUCUUUUAGCUAAUAACAUUGUUCCUCAAGACUUUGACAACAAUGCUAAUUAUUGGUUGAGAAUGGAAAGAUUUACAAGAUCACUAGCUGACCGCUUUCAUGCGGUGCAUGUCAUUGCAGGACCUGUCUUUAUGCCAACACUGUAUGAGCAACAAAACAAGAUAGAGCCAGAUGCCACAGGAAAACCACCCAAAGGUCCAAAAGGGGAAGUGAAACACUUGAUCAUUGGUAACAACCAUGUAGCAGUUCCAACUCACUUAUUUAGAAUAAUUAUUGCCGAGAAAAGACAAACAGAGACAGCAAACGAACAAGACGCAGUAUCACCUCAAUAUUAUGCUCAAGCAUUUAUUGUACCCAAUAGACCAAUUGAUAAGCUCGAUCAUUUAACCAAAUAUUCAGUCUCUCUGAAAGAAGUUGAGUAUCUUACUGGCAUGCGUUUUUUGGACAAGUUGGAAAAGAGUGGCAACAUGAAUCCCUUGUGCUGCAACACGCUUGAUAUCGAUGCCAACUUAAUUGAUCAAGAAGUGAGUCAUCCUGAGAAGAGUAGUUCAGAAAAAACAAAGUGUGCUUGUAGUUGUGAUCUUCCGCCUUGGCAAGACAUUGAAUUUCAAACACUAUUAUGGAAUAAGAACAUAACAGAGAGGGAAUUAACUGAGAAAUGGGACUCUUUGUUAAGUGAAACUAGUUGGAAGCCUUCCAAAGAUAUCAUUAGAAGACGAGACUCCAAGCUAGAAGAGCUCAGAAAGAAGUAA